AUGGCAGUCACACUCUGCCCAUUACCACUUAUGACAAUGUUCUUGAGGCACCUCGAUCCUCCGGAGUACCAUCCAGUCGAGAGCGCCACAACAGGCGUGUCAUCGGAGUGGUACUUGUUGUCGCACUCUGAUGGGCCGCCUCCGUCUCCGCCCUUCUGGAAGCUGUUGAUGGUAGUGUAUGUCUCCCCUGCUUUGCAGCAGUCGGAGUCGUUCUCUUUGUUGCAUUCCCCCGGUGGUGGAGUCGUUCCCUUUAUCUUGCCACUCGGCUUGCACGACUGGAGUCUGGCAUCAGAGGGAUAUGAUGCAACAAGGAUCAGCACAAGGAGAAGCCCUCCUAGGGUGAAGGCAUUGGAGGGCCGUCUUCAGUCUUGCAAUCCGAGUGGCAAAAUUAGAGGAAAGAAACCACCUCCGGGGCAAUGCAACCAGGAAAACGACUCCGAUUGCUGUAAACAAGGGAAGCUCUACACCACUUACAAAUGUUCUCCCCCCGUUUCUGGAAGCACGAAAGCAGUUCUCACCAUCAACAGCUUCCAGAAGGGUGGAGACGGAGGUGGCCCAUCAGAGUGUGACAACAAGUACCACUCUGAUGACACACCAGUCGUCGCACUGUCCACUGGAUGGUACAGCGGAGGGAGCAGAUGCCUCAACAACGUAACCAUAAGUGGAAAUGGCCGGAGUGUGACAGCAAUGGUGGUGGAUGAGUGUGAUUCCACCAUGGGAUGUGAUGAGGAUCACGACUAUCAGCCACCGUGUCCCAACAACAUUGUCGAUGCUUCAAAAGCUGUCUGGAAAGCCUUGGGGGUUCCCGAAGGCGACUGGGGCGACUUGGAUAUUACUUGGUCUGAUGCUUGAUGCUUGUUUUUGUAUAAUGUAAAAAUAUACUAGUAUUGUAUUACUGUGUAAAUCAUCUUAUGAAUAUACUACUACUUUUGAGUGUUGGUGUA